AUGGCUGGCUUCCAUACAGAUUGUAUAGAGAAACCUCUCUCCCGUGGUUUCAGGCAACUAGGAUGGAUGAUUGGCAGAUACCCCUGGUGGUUUCUUGUGAUUCCUAUUCUUGUCUCUGCAGGGCUAGGAGCUGGUUUUUAUUUUUUACCACAAAGAGAAGCAUAUGACAUAGAAGAGCAAUUUACACCUAUCGGAGGACCAUCCAAGAAAGAGAGAGACUUUAUAAAAACACAUUUCCCAGUCAACGACACUGGACAGUUUUCUGCUACACGACUUUAUACAGAAGGUUCUUUUGUUUCAUUGAUUGCAGUCAGUUUGUUUGAUAACGUUCUGACAGCAAACGCAUUUAGAGAACUCUUGAAAUUGGACGAGAAGGUGAGAAGUUUGAAUGUCUCAAAGUCAGAUCUUGGGAAGGAAGAGAACCUUACUUUUUCCCAGCUGUGUGCAGAGAUCCAGGGUCUCCAAUGUCUUGACUCAAACCCUUUGCUAAGUGCAGUGCAAAGUAACCCUGAUAAAAUAGAGACAAUCUAUGUGACUUUUCCUAUGUUCCAGAAUACAUUUCUGGGGAAGUAUCUUGGAGGUGUCACGCUGGGCCCAGAAGAAAUCGUACAGAAAGCCCGUGCAGUGAGAUUAGUGUAUUACCUGAGAGAAGACAGUGGUCAAGACAAAGCUAAAAGCUUACUAUGGAUCAACCACUUCAUCAAUUCCAUCCCAAAUGAAAUCAGGACAUUGAAUUUGACAAAUAUAGAGGUAAGCAAAACAUUUUACUCUCAAUUACAUUCUAAAAACCGUAAUAGUAAAAAUAUAAUAAUUUGUGUAUAUGCCGUAUUUUAUUAUCUUUCAGUGGCAGCUGGUGAAGAUCAAAACCAGCUGCAUCUCCAGUCAUCAAUAAAAGGGAUAAUAGAGACUGCAGCUAUAGCCAUGUUUAUAUGUGUAAGAACCUUUAACAAUGUAAGAUAUUGUCAUGUAGAUUGGGUAAAUGAGAGACAAACCAUUAGAGACAUAUAAAAAAAAACCUUAAUAGCUUAUGCCACGGUUUGCUGAACUGAUCCUGAUGAAAGCCACAAACAAUGGCUGAAACGUUGAUUAUGAUUAUGUUUUAAGAAAUGGAAUAAAGAAAGAACUUUUACAAAGGAGAAAGAGCGUGAGUGCAAGCCUCUUUUCACUAUCUCUAUUAUAUAUAUAUAUAUAUAUAUAUAUAUAUAUAUAUACACACAUAUACACAUACACAUACAUACUGUGCGUAAAAUAUGCAUGGCAGGAUCUAACUACAAUUUGGUGUAAAAAGCAUACAUUUGACUGGUUCCACCCAAAGAAACAAUGCACAACUUAAAUAUCAGUUCCGGCACUUUUACCCAGACGAUAUUUUUAUAAUUUGGAGAUUCCUAUUAAUUAGUUUUUAUUGGAUUGGAGUGUUAUUUUAUUUAUAUAUUAUAGAUGACCGUUGGUUGAGGAUCUGCUUGAUCCCAACUAUAUAUGAGGGGAUGAGAGACCAGGGGGACUGGGUUAUUCACUGGUCCUAUUGGGGUAUACAGAUUUUGGUCCAGUGAUUUUUGGGGAAUUUAUUCAUUAAAACUUCAAUUUAAUAUUUUCGGAUACGCUUUUGAAAUGGUUUAAUACUUAUGGCUAAACUUUAAAAAAAAAAAAAUUUUCAAAAUAUUAAAAUAUCCAAAAGUCGCCUAUAAAUUUUUUUAAAAAAUAUUUUUCAAAAUGUUAGCUCAUUUGUAAAUGUUUAUCUAAAAAUAUUAAAUAAUUCGAUAAGCUUAUCCAAAAAUAUUUCAUCAAAUCUUAUAUCUAAUAAAGAUAAGUUAAUAGGAGAGGGUAUUGUUCAGAUAUAAAUAUUUAUUCUAAUGCUACUGUGUCAAUUUCAUGGGUUAGAAUUGUCUAUUAUCACCUGAGUUUUAAUCGCAAGGAUGAUUAGUUACAAAGUGUUUGAAUGGAUAGUUCAUUUGUCCAAGUUUAGAACAGCUUUCCUCACCAGUUAUGGUUUAGAUAAUUAUUGAUGAAUUUUUGUAAUAGCAGGUGACAAGGAAGUUGUAGCAUAUAUUUUUAGAGACUGAAUAACAUAGAAUAGUUAGAGAAAGUAUGAAACUAAUGUUGGGUUUAAUCACUAAUGAAAUACCAGAUAAUGAAAAAGCGAACACAUGACUGCCCACUUAACUUUUAUUAUACCAAUUAAAAAAAUGUAUAUACAAAAUAGUACAUAAAACAGCUUCUAACGAAACUGAUUUGGCAACAAAUAUAGCAAUAUAUAUAUAUAUAUAUAUAUAUAUAUAUAUAUAUAUAUAUAUAUAAUACAAUACACACCCUCUUGUUUUAUAUAUAUAUAUAUAUAUAUAUAUAUAAUAUUAUCUGUGGCUGCUUAUAUCACUUAAAUACAUGAAAAAGUACUUAUGCAGCUAGACUAAACUGGAGAUACAAUAAUUAUAUUAAUGAAACAAUUAGGACCUAGAGGCAAAGAUAAUCACACAGGAUAUAUAUUAUAUUAUAUCCCAAAGUUUCCUUGGGAUAUAAUAUAUACAUUGAAAAAAAUAAAAGAGAUCUCCAAAAUUAGAAAAGGGGGGUUCUUAGUUAUUGCCUAAGCUAUCUAUAAUAAUCAAAAGGUAAAGAUAUUAAAGCGUUCAGGGCCAUGAUCAAUGGCAAAAUGACGUCUGUCUGAAAUCUACACAAAUUAAAUUUCACUGCUGAUUUAAAGCACUUACUCACCAAUUUUGUCUAGUUAUUAAAAGUGUGUAUCUAUAAGCAGAUAACUCAUCUGAAUAUCGAAUUACCAGCAAUUGACACAGAUGGGCAAACAAAAGAAACACAAUUUUGCAAAAAGUCACUAUGAGAUGAAAAUGAGAGUCAGUGCCGAGUGUAGGAAUGUAACAUUAUUUAAAUAAAUAAUAAAGAUCUGUUGAAAAACUUAAGCAGAAAUUAUCUAAGCUGAUGUCCACAGGAUACAUGAAAAAAAAUAUGAUUAAUGUCCCUAACUACCCCUAAUGUCCCUAACAGACACUGCAUAAAUAGUCCUGUCUCUGAGCCUUCGAGGGCACCUAUCAGUAAUAAAGAUGUCAACUAAACAUCCUAGUCUGUCUCUACAAUCUAAAUCAAUAAUAAAAAGUUUUUACACUGAAUGAAAACAAUAGAAAUUGUGCAAAAAAGAUCUACAUGUUCAUCAUCUCAUCAAAAUUCGAGCUAAGCUCUAAAAUUGCAUUGACAAACAUAUAGCACUCUAAAAAAAGAUUAUUAUUAUUUUAUUAAUGUUACAUUCCUACACUCGGCUCUGGCCCUCGUUUUCAUCUCAUAGUGGCUAUUUGCAACACUGUGUUUCUUUUGUUUGCCCAUUGGUUUUCUCUGGAAAUGAUGUGAUGAAAAAUUUGUUUUAUAAUAGCUGAGUUAUUACACAUUGCGAUAGGAUCUAGAAAAAGGGAAUUGUAAAGGAAACUCUUACGUGGUGAUUUGUCAAUGUCUGAAUUUUUGGGAAUAUAAAGUAAACGUAAAGGGAAUUUACCAUUGCUGGCCGUAGUAGAUAAACUGAAAUCUUUUCCAAUUCUGUCAUUUGUACCUAAAAUUCUCAAUUGAAUUCCAAUUCCUAAUGAUACACACUUUAGUGAUUAACCCUGUUAGUCAUGUCGGGCUUUUGUGGGUUAACAAUAACAUAAUAAAAUGAACAAAGCUAAGAAAAAACACUGUGAUAAUAAAUACUUUUUUUUUUUUAAAUCAGGUAUCUUAUUUCACUUCAGUGUCCAGACAAACAGAAUUUGAAGAUGCCACAAAAUCUGUGAUCCCUCUAUAUUCCAUUACAUAUUUUGUGACUAUAACAUUUUCUAUCAUGUCAUGCACACGGUAAGAAUUUCCAACUAAAUAUAAAUGAUGGUCCUACUCUAAUGCGUAAGAAUCAUCACUACCAUUAUCUUACAAUAUGAGUACUUUAACCCUUUACCUGCCAUAGCUGUCCAUACAUGGCUAAAUUUGUAACCAAUGCAAAAAACCCUAAGCCCCAUUUCCUUUUUACUCUUGUGCCAGCCUUCAUCGGGCAGGACACAAACUUCCCCACAGCCGGUCUCUGGUUAAUACUCCUGCCCUUACCAACUCCUUUACUCUACAAGAACUGAUUUGUUUUAGAAUCCUUAAUUAAUCAUCUCAUAUUUUUUUUUACAUUUAUUUACUUUGAUAGUUAGCAAGGAUUGGUUGAUCAAGUCAGGACAUCAAGAUCAGACAAUAAGAAGGCAUUGUUUUCCGAAGUCUCUUUGUUCCCAAUUAUUAAGUUGGUUACCAUUGAAACUCACACUUCAUUAAAACAAGUCUUAGUUAAAUACCAAAUGUGCAGAAGUAUAGAAAAGCCCUUGUUCUAAAAGGAUUAAAACAUCUUAGUCCAUUACCACCAAUUAGUGAUCUCUGGAAAAAGAAAUAACAAAACUACUGGAAGGGUGGAAUGAUCUUUUUCAAGAGACUUACAACAAUGUAGUUAGUCACUGCAAUGAGUCACAUUAUUAUUAUUUUUUUUAAUAAUUAUAUAGUCACUGCAAUGAUUUGAAUUAUUAUUUUUAAUAAUAUAGUCACUGCAAUGAGUCGAAUUAUUAUUAUUUCUAUUUUUAAUAAUAAUAUAGUCACUGCAGUCACAUUAUUAUUAUUUUUAAUAAUAAUAUAAUUACUGCAAUAAUUUGAUUUAUUAUUAUUUUUAAUAAUAUAGUCACUGCAAUGAGUCGAAUUAUUAUUAUUAAUAAUAAUAUAGUCACUGCAAUGAGUCAAGUUAUUAUUAUUUUUAUUUUUAAUAAUAAUAUAGUCACUGCAGUCACAUUAUUAUUAUUAUUUUUAAUAAUAAUAUAAUUACUGCAAUAAUUUGAUUUAUUAUUAUUUUUAAUAAUAAUAUAGUCACUGCAAUGAGUCGAAUUAUUAUUAUUAUUAAUAAUAUAGUCACUGCAAUGAGUCGAGUUAUUAUUAUUUUUAUUUUUAAUAAUAAUAUAAUCACUGCAAUGAGUCAAAUUAUUACUAUUAUUAAUAAUAAUAUAGCCACUGCAAUGAGUCGAAUUAUUAUUAUUUUUAUUUUUUAAUAAUAUAGUCACUGCAAUGAUUUGAAUUAUUAUUAAUUUUAAUAAUAUAGUCACUGCAAUGCGUCGAAAUAUUAUUUUUAUUUUUAAUAAUAAUAUAGUCACUGCAAUGAGUUGAAUUAUUUUUUAUUAUUAUUUCUAAUAAUAAUAUAGUCACUGCAAUGAGUCGUAGUAUUUUCAAUGCUUAUAGUGCCUUUAACGUUUUAGCUAUUGUUUUUAUAUGUUGUUAAAUAUCUGUGCUUUGACCUUUCCGUUUUAUCUGUGUGUUCAACAGUCUGUUACACCAUUGGUAUCUUCUUUAUCUCUGUAUUUUAGAAUGGACAGUGUGAGAAACAAGGUCUGGGUCGCUUCCUUUGGAGUCAUUUCAGCUGGGUUAGCGGUCCUGUGUAG